AUGAAGUGCACUCCUCAAAUUGUGUUCAGCCUUCGAGUAGAAGCUGGGGCUUCAGCUUAUCCCUAUGGCGUGAGCACCCUCUUGGAGGUGUGGCAGAGCGUGGACGAUAGUUUGAUACUCGCUGUCACGGCCGAAGGCUUGACGGAAGAUCGAGAGACUUCUCGACUUUGUCGCGUCGUAGUGGCUCCGUCUCCGAUGUUUGAUGGUGGAGGGAUCGCUGCUGCGGUGACGAGCUUAAGCUUCGAGUUUGGUCAGCACGUCAACUCGCAGAAAAUGGAGAAGUGGCAGCUGUUGCAGCUUGUGAAUAAGAGAAUGCGUGUGUAUCACUUGCUCAUUAAUGCCGGGACAGCGGUGCAUGUUCUCGUUUUUCACGCCCGGAAACGGAGAGAAGCAGAGCUGUCAACGCCUCCGAGAGGUCUAGGGAUCUCACAUUUCCCUCAAAAUGCUUGGUAUUACCCGCCAGUUUUCCCACUUAAGUUCCGGAAAUCGAAGGAGUCCCGGCCGCACUCUUCAGCUUCGGACGGACCAUUCACGACAGAAAUUUCGUGUAUUUGCCAGCAUCUUUUCGACGUUGAGCGCUUUCUAGGAGGAUUUUUGGAGACAUUCAAGCCACUUCGACAGUACAACCUCAUCGACUAUGACUUGCGACUCGUUCGGGUAAGCUCAGCAGCGCCAGCACAAUGGAGAAAACAGUAUUUAUGA